UCAUGGCGGCAGAAGCAGGUGGAGGGGAACCGCUGGUUCGGUUCGUGAAACUGAGUGGCAGAGCAGCAGGCUCUAAGAAGAAGGUACGCUGGUUUCCCGUUAGGCGAAUCUUCACCCACUCCUGUCCCAGCAUCAGGAUUCCUAGCAGGUUUUUAAGAGAAGGUCGUAGGUCUCCCCCUGCCAGAAGUGGACACAGAUGUGUGGCAGAUAAUACGAAUUUAUAUGUAUUUGGUGGCUACAACCCUGACUACGAUGAAUCGGGUGGGCCUGAAAAUGAAGAUUACCCUCUCUUUAGAGAACUCUGGCGAUAUCAUUUUGCUACAGGAACAUGGCAUCAAAUGGGAACUGAUGGUUACAUGCCAAGGGAACUUGCAUCCAUGUCAUUGGUUUUACAUGGCUACAAUCUCCUGGUUUUUGGAGGCACUGGCAUCCCAUUUGGUGAGAGCAAUGGUAACGAUGUUCAUGUCUGUAAUGUGAAGUAUAAAAGAUGGGAAAAGCUAAACUGUGACGGAAAGAAACCUAACCGCAUUUAUGGCCAGGCAAUGGCAAUCAUAAAUGGCUUCCUAUAUGUAUUUGGAGGAACAACUGGGUAUAUUUACAGCACAGACCUACAUCGACUAGACCUCUCUACCAGAGAAUGGGUGCAGCUUAAGCCAAACAACCCUCCCUGUGACUUACCGGAGGAAAGGUACAGGCAUGAAAUAGCUCACGAUAAGCAGCGGAUCUAUGUAUUAGGGGGUGGCACAUCAUGGACUGCAUACUCUUUAGACAAGAUUCAUGCUUAUAACUUUGAAACAAAUACUUGGGAGGACAUUCCAACCAAGCCACAUGAAAAUCUAGGUUUUCCAGCUGCCAGAAGAUGUCAUAGCUGUGUCCAAAUAAAACAUGAGGUUUUUAUAUGUGGUGGUUACAAUGGAGAGGUUAUACUGGGUGAUCUCUGGAAGUUAAACCUGCAGACCUUUCGGUGGACAAAACUUCCUGCUGUGAUGCCCGAGCCCGCAUACUUCCACUGUGCAGCAGUAACACCGGCUGGCUGUAUGUACAUCCAUGGAGGAGUAGUAAAUAUCCAGCAGAACAGGCGGACUGGAUCUUUGUUCAAAAUCUGGCUUGUCGUCCCCAGCCUUCUAGAACUGUGCUGGGAGAACUUGCUAAAACAUUUCCCUCACCUUGCUCACCUCCCCACAAAUCAGCUUCUACAGCUUGGACUAUCACAAGGACUCAUAGAGAGACUACAAUGAAGUUGUUUGCACCCUGCUUGGACUCCCACAGUGUUUUACGAGUCUUUUCCAGGAGUACGCUGCUAAAGAGAUCUAGAUGCCUGGACCCUACUUGCUCAGAUUAUACGUGGCCUUCAGUCCUUUCACAUUUUAACUAUACCAGCGCAUACAUCAACAGUUUUAAGUCCAUUACCGGCUAUUAUACCUUUUUAUUCAGUGAAGAACCUUGAUGCUUGAAUACAUGCUUUUAAUUAACUUAUUAGUAGCCAGUUGGUUUGAGGUGGAUUCCACCAACCAUCUGGUUUUGAGUCCUGUUUUUUGUGAACUGUAUGCUCCAUCAAUCAGACUCAAGUCUGUAGCCAGAUAAUAUAUGUAUUGUUAAUGCGUUCCAGCUGCCUGAAACAUUGCUUUAUACAGCAGGAGUAAUCCUUGCUGGUCUUGCCAAUUCAUUGACAUGGCAUUUGGCCUCAUUCUUCAUGUAGCAUGUAUGUUGUAUGGGCACUGGUGGCUGAUCCUCUAGAAGGUCAACUGAUGUCUGCUUUCAUGGAAUUACAUGGACUUCUGGACAUCCUUAACAAAACUGACUGCCAGUUUUUUUUUUUAUCCUGACCUCGAACAUAAGGCUAUAUAGAAGCUACAUCAUGUACGGAAUCUGUGAAAAUUGUAGCUUUAACGUCAUGCUGCCUAGUACUAGUCUAGAGAUGUCACUACACCUUCUCACGUCUGUAUAUUGUACACUACUGGCCAAAGCCUCUCCAGCAUGGAGAACACAGAGUAAUCUGUCGUUGACUGUCAUGGUUUUGUAACUUGCUUUUUUCUUCCCUUCUCCCUCCAGAUCAUUAGAGCACUUAGGGCAGAUUUGUCCUCUCAUACAAAUCUGGGAUGAUGGUACUACUCCGCAUCAUACAAAAAUAAUUGUGUAAUGAAAGCUCUGCUCUGAUGAUCUUAUAGAUGGAUAGAAUUGGGCUUCUGUGUGUUGCUGUUGUCCAAGGUUUUAUGGUGGAAACGCUAUGAAGCUAUUCUAAUUGUACUAAUUGUUACUAAAUUAUAUGGUAUCUGAAUUAACUGAUCCCAGGAGCCAGGUGCUCAAUGCUCUUGAUAGGUAAACUUUUUGGGUUAUUUUUUUUGAAGUCUUUGAAACUUGAUUCAAAUACACUAAAACAUUUGGUUGUCAGGUCCUAAAUUCUGCAAUAUUGUCCAUUCCUGUGACCAUCAGUCUCCAUGUCUGUGUACUAUGUAGGUAUGGUUCUCUGCUGAUUUUUUUAUUUACUUUUUUUUUUCUAUACUUAGAUCUUCGUGCCUUCACUAAUCCCACAUGGGUUUUGUUUUUGUGUAAUUUCCAGAAGAAACCGUUGUAAACUCUUAUUCAAAUCUUAGUCUACAGUGAAGCCCCCUCCCUAGAAGAAUGCAACAAGGUUUAAGAUGUUGUAUUGUACCUCAUUCUUUGUGCAUUAAACUAUUCUUGCACCUGGGAUGUUCACUUACAGUAUAUAAAAAACACAAAAAGCAUAAAUGCUUAAAGGGCACCUGUCAGCAGAUUUGUAGCUAUGACACUGUCUGACCUGUUCCAUGUGCGCUUGGCAGCUGAAGACAUCUGUGUUGAUCCCAUGUCCAUAUGGGCUCGCAUUGCUGAGAAAAAUGAUUUAUAUAUACAGAUGAGGGCUUUGCCAUUUACAGCUAGAGGCUCUGCUGUCUCUACAACUGUACGACAGAGCCAGGCGUGAUAACAUUUUGACACACGUUUUUUCAUAAGUACAUAGGGUGCGGCGGUUGUAGAGAAUGCAGAGCCUCUAGGAGUAACAGCAAUGCCGGCACAUAUGUACAUGGGACCAACAGAGAUGCCUUCAGCUGCUAAGUGCACAUGUAACAGGUUUCAGAGGUACAAAUCUACUGACAGAUGCCCUUUAACGAUACCUAGGGAGACCUGUUGACCCUCAUGCACAUGGGUGUAUUUGGCUCCAUACAACCUUCAUGGUUUAAGGAGCAGUAAUAAACGGCCACGUAAAUAAGCAGGAAAAAUAGCGGCAUGGAAUAUUGUAUCGCGCGUCCUAGAAGCAUUGCUUGCAGGUGAGGAUAGCUUUGACGUACAGUGGAGUGUCAUAGGGUGGCACUUCAGGGAUGCAAGGUCUCCGCUAUAUGCAUAAUUCCUCUCCUGUCCCUGGGUUUUUAAUAUAAGGUAGGACUUGCCUGAACUGCUCCUCUAUACUGUUCAUCCCACUGUUUCCAACUACAUAUUCUUGCUAUCAAUUGGUACACUUUCAGUUUUUGGGAAAAUGGGAAUCCAUUCAUCCGUCACAUUUCUUAGGGCUGGUUUGUUCUCGCCUCUUCUAGCUGUAGUAUAUUGGUUCUGUUUCUGAAUGUAUUUUAUACACAAUUUUAGUGCCUUUUUCUUUACCUUUAGAAAUAUGUGCCCUUUAUUGUACAUAUCCCAAGCAAGCCAGUGUCUCAGCAAUAACGUAAUCUGUGAGUAAGCCGAAUAUCCUUUUUUUUUUUUGCUUCCAGCUAGAACAGAAAUUCAACUAUGUACGCACCAUGAAUGUCUUGAAUUGGAACUAGAAAAUGAAUGCAGCUUAUCUGUGCAGUAUUUCAAUAGCCUGGGCACUGAGUUUUUCAUGAUCCUUUGUUUUAUAGCAAUGUAGUGUUUUAAUCCUAUGGUGCUGGCAAUGUACUUGAUAUUAACUCUUGCAUCUUAAAACAAUGUUCCUGGGGAAUAAUUUACAAUCAGUGUUUUAGAACUUCUUACUUGAAGCUGUAGACAAGGAGCCAAGAUGCUGGUUCAUUUCACAAACUGACGCCUCUUGUUGGACACUCCAUUCAGUUACUAUAUGAAGUAUUUGCUGCCUAUUUGUUAUAGCUUCAUGAAAACCAUUUUAGUUUUUACUUGCUGUAAAUGACUCUACUGCCUUAACCCAAACACAUCAAGGAACCACACAAGACAAAGCAGAAAUGGUAAGAAGUAGUCUGCUGUGAACGGGGCAGAUGACGGCGCUGAGCCUUUCACCGUUACACAAACUCUUUUUAAUGUUCUUGGCAUGAUGUAUAAAGUAUACAAUAGACUUGUGUGCGGCUUUUACUAGGUGUACUUUUUAAUUGUAUAAAAUUCAAGUGCAAUAUUUUGCUUUCUCAGUCAUGCAUGAUAAAUGCAUUGUGUUGUUUUACAUGUCUGUCUUAUUUUUUUGAAACUGAAUUAAAAAAUUUUUUUUA